GCGGCCAGACGACGCCCAGACCAAGAGAGAGAAGGCACGCAGCCGGAAAGAGAGGGAGAGGGGAGGUGGAGAAGAGGAGGGAGCCUUGCAGCGCGGGUGAGGAGAAGAGAGGCCACAGCCAAGUAGCAGCAGAGAGUUGUUGAGGAGGAGCCAGCGAGCGAGCGAGAGCCGAGGAGCUCUCUCCUCCGCCGAGUCCUCGGCGGCGGUGCUAGAUUCGCGAGGAUUCCCGAGGCGCUGCUCCCCGGAUCUGCGGCGAGGCGGCGGUGCUCGUCGGAAUCCGGCGAGGCGGCGGUGAUUUGCCGGGGAUCGGCGCCGCAUGUCUCAGAUCUGAGAUGGACAGGAUACGGGACAGCAGGAGAGGCGGCGUGUCCGUCGCGGGCGGGCCGCCGCCGCGGAGGCGCCUCAGGAGCAACGGCGGCGGCAGCGGUGGCGGCGGCGGGGGCCCCAGGGACUCGCCGCGCUCCGAGCGCCGCCGGGGCGAGCGGCUCAUGCUCAACGGCGGCGGCGCCGGCGGAGGCCGGGACGACGCCGACGACACCUCCGACGAGAGCCUCGGCGACGACGACGACGACGCCGAGGAGGAGCUCGCGACGCGCUACCAGCCCUCGGCGCGGCGCUCGCCGAGCAUCGCGCCUCCGCCGCCCUCGCCGCCGCAGCCCGGCGGCGCGCACCACCACAGCAGUAGCAGCAGCGGCGGCGGUGGUGGUUACCACAACAACCACCACCACCACGGCCAGCAGCAGCAGAUGCAGAGGAAGGGCGGUGGCUCCAAUCCGAAGAGCCCCAUCGUCGGCAAGGCUGUCGACGAAAUGAUCGGCGUGCCUGUGCCAAGGAAGGCUCGCUCUGCUUCUACGAAGCGCUCUUCACACGAGUGGCCUGUCCCUGGCGGUGGAACCAGCGGAGGCGGCGCCGGAGACGGCUCGCAGAUCCAACGGCCGUCGUCACGGCCGAUCUCCCCGCCGUCGGCCUCAACCACCGCCCCUGCUCGGAAGAAGCUGAAACCACUUGGUGGCGGAGGGAGCAGCGGUGGUUCAGGGCCAGCGCCGAAGCAGCGGCCAUCGCCGUCCCCAGCACCUUCAACAACUCCACCACAGCCGCCGCCACCAAAGAUUUCGAAGUCUCCAUCUUUCAUCCAGGAGGAGAUCGAGGUCGCCGAGGUGCUGUUCGGGCUCACCAGGCAGUUCCCGUGCCCUCCCAAGCAGGAGAGCAACCACAAGCUGGAGGUCAGAGAUGCGCCGGAGGCCAAAUCCGGGAACUCCUCGCCGGCUCCCUCGUCUUCUGGCGUCCGACCGUCAGAUUCUACCUCCCUUUCCACUAUAGCGCCAAAGAGGAAGAGACCGCGGCUGGUGAAGUACGACGAAGACAGCCGUCCGGCGAGCCCAGCAAAGCCGGAGUUGGCAGAGUCGUCCUCCAGGCCGGAAGCAGCUUCCACGGCAAGAUCAGAAGGAAAGACAUCUACGUCCGCGGCGGCAGAAAGUGGCACCAGUGCCGCCCCUGCUGCUGCCCAACUCGAGAGUUCACGAGAGCCAGAGAAGAUAGAAGACCGUGGUAGAAGCAGAGAUCCGGAGCUCCGGCCCGGCGAAUCAGAUCGGCGGGAUCACAGGCCAGAGAGCCGGACAGAACCGCCGGCAGCACCUUCAGGCAAGCCGGACGGUGAAGCAACGCCGGUGGGCUCCGAGGCCAGGAACGGCGAAGCUACAGCCACGACAAAGAUUGAGCUGGCAGCGGAUGGCGCUCGGCAAGAAAAGUUUUGCAUUGAUCUCAUGGCUCCUCCUCCUGGGAAGCUAUCUCCUGAUAGAGAUGGCUUCUCCGACCCUGAUGCAGAUAAGAAAGGAUUGGAUUCUGAGAUGGACAUGUUGGGGAGAGGAAAUUCUGAAAAGAAAGAUGGUGAAAGGACUCGAAGGGGGCUGGAUAUUGAUUUGGAGGACCAUAAGGUGCAGAGAAUUCCAGCUGAUGAGUUCACACCUAAGAAACUAACGCUGCAGUUGGAUUUGGAGAAGCCCAGCCUUGGUGAUGAAAAAUCACCAUCGGAGCGACGGCAGCCGCAGCCACCACAGUUGCAGCAACAGAAGCCCUCAAAGUCCGAAGUAAAGCACGAGAAAUCUGCUAUACCUGCUGUUACACCACCUAUGCCAAUACCUGUUGGAGGCUGGCUGGGGAGUUUCCCACCUUUCGGUUACAUUGGUCCAGUCCCAGGACUAUCAGCAGCUGGUCUUCAUCCCAUGGACGUCAAGCCAGGGUCUUCUAGUGGGUUACAUCCUUCUGAAUUGCAGCAUGCUGCGUUGCUUCCACCACCAACACGUUCAAAGCGAUGUGCUACGCAUUGCUACAUUGCACAAUUUAUCCAGCACCAGCAGCGAGUUGCAAAGAUGAACUCUUUCUGGCCACCGGCUGCCGCGGCAGCAGCGGCCGCUGCCGCUAAUAGACCAGGGCCAUUCUUUGGUGCGAGACCAUUCAACAUGGGUGUUGUACCACCAACAGAUGCGGCCUCCCUGCUUGUGAACCCAAUGCAGGGGAGCUACCCUGUUAGGACCCAUGCUCCAAUGCAAGAAGCAAAGGCUCCUUCAAUGGCUACCUCACCAUUCCAGGGGAGUCUCUCAAAGGAUAAAGCGCCAGGCAAUGCUGCUGGUGCUGAAUCAAGUCAAAGGAAACAGGCCCCUGCUCAUGAAACACAGCAGCAGUCCACCCCGAUGCCAAACAUGCUGCAAGGCCCAGCAUUUAUCUUUCCCUUCAAUCAGCAACAUGCUGCAGCGGUGGCAGCUGCAAAUGCUGCCAAUCGAGCUGGGGAUGGAAAAUCUUCUGGAGCCAGCAAUACAAUGCCACCAUCUGCCAGUGCUCAUGCUUCGGCAGCAAACCCUGGUGCUGCGGCCAUGAACUUAAGCUUUGCCAACUUGCAGCCGGAUGCCCAGUUCUUGGCGAUCUUACAGAAUGGUCCCUACCCGUUCCAGGUUGCUGCCCAUGCUGGAGGGCCUCCAUCAUAUCGAGGCAUGGCACCGCCAGGCCCAGCUGUUCCAUUCUUCAACGGGCAUGUGUACUCUUCUCACAUGCUGCACCCAUCACAGCAGCAAGGUGCACAGCAACAAAGUCAUCAAAAGAACCCAAUGCCAAGCUUGUCCAGUUCAUCACAGAAGCAUCAGCCACAACAAUCCCAAGGGCUAUUAGGAUAUGCACCAAAUGCUAAUGCAGCUGCCGCAGCCAGUAAUUCCCAGAAUUAUUCUGGUGGCAACCAGCGCCCUGUCCUACUAUCUGGCCUCACACACCGACAGGAGGGUGACAAGACUGGGCAAGAUGGCCCAUCGAGUGAUGACAAGUCUCACUCUCAGAAGGGUGGGUAUGAACACAAUUUUUCUGUUCCGGUUCAUCUUCCAAAUUUUGCAAUGAUGCCAGCUGCUCAAGCUGCUGGCAGUCAGAGUGAGAAAAAGUUAAGUGAACACUAUCACCAGCAGCAGCAGCCACAAGUCAGCCGUGGCCAGGGUGUGAGGAUCGAUCUUGCCUCAUCUCAACCUUUUGUGAUGCCCUUUGGCUCCAUUGGUCCUCCAGGAUCUGCCCCAACUGGUCUCGACUUCUCUGCAUUGGCGCAGAACCAUGCAGUUUUCCAAAGCCAUCAAGAAGCAGCACGGCAUGGUUAUCCUCAGCUAAAUUUCGCUGCAGCUCAAUCUGUCCAAGCCACACAGAACAAGCCCCAACAUCAGAUCACUGGAGAAACCAAACCAGUUGCUGCGGAUUCAUCCUCCACACCGAGCGCUGGAGACAGCGAGAGAAAGAAAUCGGCAUCUACCAAGUACCCGGGUGAAUCACAGCAGCAUUCACUGUCCUUCACUAGGACAGAAAGCAAGUCUUACGUGGCUCCUUUCCUUAGUGGCAGCACAAAUGAGAGCUCGUCCCGCACCUUGAGUCUUAUUGGAGCAGAAUCUCCAAAUGGUUUUGGUAUGGGAAGUAAAUCCACGAGUUCUUCCACCCCUGCAUCUACACCAGCUGCAGCUUCGUCCACCAUUUCUCAGCAGCAGCACCAGCACCAGCAGCACCAGCAUUUCCUUCAAAUGCACCAUAAGCAUCAGCAGCUGAUUCAGCAGCAACACCAUCUGAAUCGGCCCAGGUCUGCUGCACCAAGUACACCAAAUAAUGCAGGUGGGUACCCAGAUCGUCUGAACAUGGCGAGCUUUCAGAAUAUGAUGUACCCAGCAAGUGCUACCCAAGGGAGAGUUCAGUCUCCCCAGUUGAAGGCGUCCUCAGGUAGAGGGACACCUUCAUCUGCUGCGACGACCCCCCCUGCUGCUCCACCGUCUAAUUUGAUUGUGAUGAAGAACAGUGGUCUCCACCAGCAACAAUCAAAAGUUCCUAUGCAGGCUCUCUCCACACCUGGUCACCAAUCCCAGAGUUCUUUAAGCAUGAGUUCAUCAAAGAUGGGGCCUUCUUUAACUAACCUUUCUACCGGAGGAGGGGAUCUAUCUCGAUCUUCAAAUGCUCCUGUGGCAUCAGGUUCACCAUCCAAUUCGGUGUCCAAAAGUACUGGUGGCAGCCCACCUGCCACUGGAAGUGCAAAGGGUGUUCAGCAGCCUGUACAAUUGCCAUCGCCACAACAGUCAGCCAAGAACCCUGCUUCGUCGCCCAGCUCCAAGUCAACUCCAACAAAUCACUUCAGUAUGGCAAUGCCAUCGAUCCUUGGCCAGCAGCCCAAUGUGUCACCCGGUUCCAAUGCAGGGAGCAAGCAGCAGUCACACAUGCCCCCCACGUCAAUGAAACAACAGCCGUUCCCACAAGGGCAUUUCUUCAUAUCCAACACAUACACACCACAAGCUCCAGGAGCAGGUGGCCCUGCCGCCCUUGGCCUCUACCAGAAGCGCCCGGGUGACAAGGCGCAGCAGCAGCAGGUGCCCCAUCAACAGAAUGCCAUGUCAGCUGCCGCUGGCAAUAACAUGAAGGCGCUUCAUCCUCCUGGAGGCUUUAUGCAUCUUGCGUCAGCUGCCCAGUCUGCUGGCGGUGUACCACACUCCCACAUGUCGGCAGCGCAGUUGACUUUUGGAGCAAUGCCGAUCCCUGUAAAACCCACAAGCGAUCAGAAGCCUGCUGCUGGAAAGUAGACAAUCCGGACGCCCAUGCUUUGGACGAGCUCUUGGGAUGCAGAAGACUCAAGGAGCUAACUAUUCAGGGGAAGGGCGAACGGCGGCUACACCUCCCGGAUGCAGAAGAGGAGAAGCAAUCGCGACAGCAGCGGUGGCUCGAAGAACCCACUUGGCUGCUGUGGUGAUCACAAAGGGUGGCGCGCCUGUUCCGUCCUUGCUGAAGCCUUGCUAACUUAAGAAGUAUUCGGAUUUCAGAAUGGUUGAUGGGAGUGAUACUUUUGUGUAGUUGGUUGGUUAUCCUCCCAUGGCGGAAAAGACCGGAGGUGGUGCAUAGAAAUCUCUCUUUCUUAUCCCAUUUUUAUGCAUGGAUGGAUGCCCAAAGUCGGUCUGUCUCCCUCUUGUGGCAUUGCUCUUCUUUUUCUUUUUAUUCUAAGCUUAACUGGUGGAGGAAGGAUUCAAUUAGAAUGCAGGAUCAGGUAACUUUGUGAUGCAGUUGUUGGUGCUCCCAUCAUUUAUAAUCUGCUUGGAUUGUUUUAGCUGUUAGGAGAGAAGGAAAAGUAUCUACCCCAAGUAGACUAGGGCUGGCUUGACCUGUUUCCGGAUUUGUUGUUGUAAGUAGCUUUGGGGAAAGGAAAUGAAAUGAAUGAAUGAAAGUGACUGAUUAUGGAUGUA